UGCAAGGAAAAACUCAAAAUCCCUUAUAUUAUUAUGGGACGGAGGGAGUAGCUACCAACUAGCUUAUUCUCAAAAUCGUAAGCUCCCAAACAGCUCCUAUAAUUGGCAUAUGCAUUAAAAUAUCUAUUUGGAAUAUUCAUAUUCGAAUAGGAUUAGGAUUACCUUGUGAUGAGCAUAUAUUUAAAUCUCUGUUUGCAAUACCGGCCAUAUUUGAAUAGGAUUAGGAUUUAUCUUGUGGAGAUAGAUUCUAAAUCGGAUAAGUUAUUUUCUUUUAUAUAUAUAUAUAUAUAUAUAUAUAUAUAUAUAUAGGGUGCUCGGUUAAUUUUGUGUUACCGUGUUUAUUAAUUACCCUACCAACCGUACGCCACCCUCCCAAGGGGAAAGAGGAAAAAAAAAAAACCCCUCCCCUUUCGUUCCCGUCGCCGGCGGCCGCCGCCGCCGCCCGGAACCUCUGCUCCCCCUGGCCAUGGCGUUCCCUGAUUGGGUCAUGCUCGACCCCUACGUCUUCCGCGACGGCCCGUUCCCCGACGACGAUCCGACCGCGGCGAUCGGGCACAACUCGAGAGGCGACAAGGUCGGCGUGCGCUUCCUGCUCCGCGCGCCGCCGGAGCCGUCCAGCAUCUUCCUGGAUUGGGAGGCUGGCACAGGGGAUUGCGACGACUUCUCCGUCGUCGCCGCCCACCGCGACGCCGUCCUGUUCCAGAUGGGUUACCUGGUUUCGUUGGGCCCCAGCAAUGCCUACAAGGCGUUCGACUAUUUGCUCUACCGGGCGGCGGGGGCCGGCGGCUCUUCGCCGUCGCUCGACUUGCUCGCUCCCUUCGGUGGCUCCGUCGACGAGCUCAAGGCCAGGAUGGAGGCGGACGGCCUGAUCCGCCUCACGAACCAGCACCUCCGCAGGCUCAAGUGCCUGGACAUCGGCGUCCUGUGCCGCGACGGCGAGGAGUUCGCCGUGGCGGAGCUCCAGAUCACCAGGUCAGAGGUCGGUCCGGAGCUCCACGUGCUGCGUUCUUCUACCUCCAGCCGCAAGUGGGAGCUCAAGCGGCCGCCGAUCACCCCUGCGAACGGCGGCUCUCUCGAUCUGGAGAAAUUUCUCUGGGACUGGGACGCCGACACGGUCAUCCCGUUCGGGAGCUACCUGUGCUGGGUGGAUUACUGUCUUGGUAUCUUGUUCUGCGACAUGUUUGAUGAGAAUCCACAGCUCCACUACCUAGAGUUCCCCGCGGAUGUCAGAGGAGCAUGCUUCGGUGGGUGUUGUCAGGCCGUGGGUGUGACCAAUGGCGUCAUGAAGCUCGUCUCUCUGGUUCCUGAUGAUGGCCUCAUUGCUGAGAAUUACACCCCUGAAUCUGGUUUCACCAUCGUUUGCUGGACCUUGAGGAUGGAUGAAAUGGAUAAGAUGGUGUGGGAGAAAGAUGCCGUGCUCAAAUCUGAUUAUCUUUGGUCGAUGCUCAAACCCGAUUUUCUUUGGCCCCUAGAUGAGUUCCCUUUUAUCACUACCAAUAGGUUCCCAAGAGUGCAGUUCCCUCUAAUCAGCAUCGAUGACUCAAGUGUUAUAUAUCUUGUCUUGGCACAGAAUGGGAUGGUGGAGGAGGCAGGAUACAAUUACGAUGAAACAUGGCUCCUUGCAAUUGAUAUGAGUAAAAUGACCUUGAAAAUGUCAUUUCCAUAUAUCAAUGAUGAAAUGGGAGAUCCAUCUCCUGAGAUGCUUGCAUUUGCUGAGGAUAAAUUCUGGAGGUUUGAGCCAUUCCUCGCUGCUGACUUCUCCAGGCAUUUCAAUCUGCGAUGCCCCAGGUUAUCCAAGCAAAUUUGCAUGGAAUCAGCUCUACUGCCUCAGAAAAGAAAAUUCGGUUGUGCUGAAUACCUUCCAUUGGAUGGUCCCUCUCUUGCCAUAUUCUGAAUUCUGAUGUGAAGUGAACUUUUCUUCUGAAUUCUGAUGCGAACGGAGGUAAUUCUGAUGUGAACGGAGGUAAUUCUGAUGGGAAUGAUGUAUCUUCCAAACUCUGAUGUGAAUGAGUGUGAUUCUGAUGUGAACGAUGUGAAUAUCUUCUGAAUUCAAAUGUGAAUGAGAUGUGAUUGAUGAAUAUCUUCUGAAUUAUGAUGCGAAUGAGUGUAAUUCUGUUGAGAAUAUCUUCUGAAUUAUUUUUGACAUGGAAUAUCUUCUGAAUUUGGUUGUGAAUGA